CUUGGAGUGGCUUCAUUGCCUAGCAAUCAAGUUGAAUUUUCUAAAAUCCACUGAAUAUCCUCUAGACUCUGUCCGACAAAAAACAAUGACGCGAUCACGUGAGCGUAAAUUUCGAAGCACAUCAAGCUCCCGUCCGAUGAACACGGCGGCACUGAUGCGGCUUCGAGAUUUCCGUAGGGCUGCUCAGGCGGUGCUCCGCAACGCUCAUGCGUUGGAGAAUCAUCCAUGCUGUUGAUGCGUUCACAUGCCCAGGGCUUCGGGAAGGUUCGGAAAGCGAUUGCGUUUCAUCUCGUGUCCCGAUUGGAAGAUUGUGGGCCCGGCACUGUUCUCUUCUCUGACUGGCCUCUGGAAAAACGAGCCCGCCAAAUGUUGUGUCCAUGCGCGGUGGGUGACUUUUGCAAGUACAUGUUCUUUCGUCCAUGGCGAAGAGUCAAACCAUUCCGCGCAAUCACACAUGCUCGCUCCUGGACUAGAUCAUACGCGCAAAGUUCUGUUCCUGAUAUCUCGGUGACCGAAAUAUUAUCAGCCUCCGACUUCAUAGCUCAGAAAGCCGGAUGGAGGGAGGUCCUGGAUCGCCUACCAAAGGGCGGACGCGUUUUCCUUCCCUAUGGCCCACCCCAUGUCAUACCUAGCACUCUUCAGAAAGAACUUCUCGUGAAGCACCAGCAUGCGAUCACCGAAUGGAACCGACGUGCACCCAGCGAUCUCGAUGUGGUCGUUCUCUACCACUCUCCGGAAAACCCUGCCUCUGCAAGCGUUUUCAAUCUCCUAAAAUCGUACUUCCAGCCGACCCAGCUCCCUCGCGGCAAGCCAGACAGUAGAACGGAAACAUAUCAGUAUGCACAUCCUGCCCCUCUCCGCUUCAUCCUUGUGAUUCUCCCAAUGCCACCCCCCGCCUCCGCGCUCGACCACAUGGUGCACAACGUUCUCCGCGAACCCAUGGUCGGCCGUUACGAACACUUUGUCCACGAGCAGCUCCGGCACAACACUCCGGUCCCCGGCGCCGCUGCUCUGCUCCAGGUGUAUGCGUCCCAUCCGGAUCGAGUCGCCGUCCCUAUCGUGCACGUGUAUCCAGCGUCGGACUGGCUGCUACGCCAGGUCGAGCACAAAAUUGGAGACAGCGAUCCAUCAUCGUCGCCGAAGAAGAAAAAACCUCUUUCCGGGACGUCGCACUUGUACAAAGCAGCUGUGCUGCUCGGCAAACGCGCCGGAGCCGAUGCCGUUACCCUACUCGACCGCCGAAGGAGAAAGGUGUUCGCUCACACUGACCAGGGCCUGAGAAGGGUCGCCAAGACGGGCACCAUGUUGAGCCCCAAACAAGCGCACCGACAACGCAACCGCGCAGAGCGCAUGAGGCAGACAAACGAGGAUAAGCGAAGUCCUGACAAGGCGGAGUUGAGUCGGACCAAUGCUCCAAUGCGUGGGACGGAGAAGACAACUCGAGGCGGGUAGGGUUUGUGUACAGGAUGCUGAGCCAUGACAUUCGUUUUCCUGGUACACGAUGGUACUUCUUUCACGUACAAGAAUAUCACCAAUCAGAACAGCGGAUGCGAUCGAGCCAGCUUCCAAUACCAACUGGUCUGCCGAUUUCAUGGGUAGCACCACCAAUCCAUUG